UCGCAAGUGGUCAUUAGUGGGCAAACAUACAAACACUACUCUUUUCAAGUAAAACAGUGUCAGUGUCCUGUAGAAUGCGUGUAUAUCUUAGUACAUUUAGUCUGUGCAUAGUUAUCGCUCUUCUGUCUUUAGUAUUUUUGUUCAGUAAACAUGACGCUCAAGGUUUGAAAGCAAGUCAGGGCACCGCUGGAGCCAUCCGUCGCGAAGAACUUAAAUGGAGUAAGUUAACAGAUGUUGCACACAAGGUGAAUUCACCUGGACCGCGAGAGACGAUGCAGUUGGCUGUGGUGGCUUGUGGAGAGAGACACGGAGAAGUUGUCAACAUGCUCAAGACCGCAGCAAUGCUCAGCAGCCGAGCCUUGAGAUUUCACAUCUUUGCAGAGGAGCAGUUACACACCAGCAUAAAAACAGCACUGGAUUCCUGGCCAGCUUUCAUCUGAGCAAAAUUCAGCUAUGUUGUUCACUCCAUUUCAUUCCCCCAUGAGAACCAUGAAGAGUGUUUUCUCCAGAUGAUUCUGAAGGAAGUGGACUCCUUACUCUACGUGGACACCGAUGUCCUCUUCCUGCACACACAUUUGAGUCCAGAAGAGGGGGUAAAAGUCUCUCUACUCAUUUCAAACUCUACUCUUUUUCUUUCUUUUUUUACUCCGUAUGGACAGAAUGACUUGUCUUCUGUUGGUCUGCACUGGGACGAGCUUCUGAUGCCUCUGUUACAGAAAUACAAACUUAACAUAACCUGGGGUGAUCAAGAUCCGAUCAAUAUCAUCUUCCAUUUCAAUCCAGAGAUGGUAUUUACCUUUCCCUGCCACUGGAACUACCAACCUGACCACUGCAUCUAUGGCAGCAACUGCAUCCUGGCAGAAGAAGAGGGUGUUUUAAUGCUACAUGGCAACAGAGGAGUGUUUCUCAGUGACAAACAGACAGCUUUCAAGGCUGUGUAUGAUGCUUUCAAACAUUACAUAUUUGGAGAGGAUCUCAUAAAAUCAUUCUUGUUACCCCUGGAGGAGGCUCUGAAUGGAACCACUCACACAUACUACAGGAAAGUUAGUCAUUUUUUUACCAGAGGACUUGGAAUGUCUGUAAGGAUCGGAGCAUCGCUGCUCUUCCAUUCGAACCUGUGCAAUAUUAGUAGAACGAGUUGAAUAACGAAAUGUGAAUUUAAACUGAUUUUUUAUUAAAAAAUUGUAUCCUAGUUAAAGGGACAGUAAAAAAUAAAGAAAUAGAUACAAAUAAAAAGUCAUUAUUGUCAAUCUAAACAACUUUUAAUUUCCAGAAACAAAUCUGGCAAAUUGUUGUGACUACUAUAAACGAUCCUUCUAGUGCUUUUGGGUGUACUGUUUCUUUAAAGGAACACUCCACUUUUUUUUUUUUUUUUGGAAAUAGGCUCAUUAUUCAACUCCUCCAGAGUUAAUAAAUUUAGUUUUACCAUUUUUGAAUCCAUUCUGCCAGUCUCCGGGUCUGGGGAUAGCACUUUCAGCAUAGCUUAUCAUACAUAAUUGAAUCCUUUUAGACCAGCAGCAUCGCGUUCAAAAAUGACCAAAGAGUUUCUAUAUUUUUCCUAUUUAAUAUUUGACUCUUCUGUAGUUAUAUCGUGUUCUAAGACCAGCGGAAAAUUUAAAGUUGUGAGUUGGAGAAUGAGCCUAUUUC